GCGGUGUCACUCAAAAUCAGUGGUCGGGUUGCUAUGAAGCUUCAGAGUGUGCAGGAGGAGGGAUUGAUUUUGAUUUUACUGGGCUACGUUAUUUAGCUUUCCACAAAACUCUGCCACCCGAAAGUCCGAGUGGGUUUCAGAUUAAACGCCGCGGAAAGAGACAGAGGUGAAGAGUCGACUCGAGAAAAUGGCCACCAAGAAAACCCCCCGAGGGCAAAGCAAGAAAGAUGCCAAGCCACAGAUGAAUAAAAAUGGGAAAAAGGGCGGCGCUGCAGGCGGGGCAUCGUUUUUUACCUGGUUCAUGGUCGUGGCUCUUCUGGGCGUCUGGACCUCUGUCGCUGUUGUUUAUUUUGAUCUGGUGGAUUAUCAGGGAGUCAUUGGUAAACUCUCGUCCUAUGAUGCUGACGGAGAUGGAGAUUUUGAUGUGGAAGAUGCCAAGGUCCUGCUGGGACUGAAGGAGAAGCCAGAUGUUCCAGCCUCCAGACCGACCACUCCCGCUGAAGCCCCAGAGCCUGUCGUAGAGGAACAGAUCCACACUGCUAAAGUUGAAGAAACAGCUCAGCUUCCUCCAGAGCCUGAGGCCGUGGAGGAGGAGGAGCCUGAGGCCAUGGAGGAGGAGCCUGAGGCCAUGGAGGAGGAGGAGCCUGAGGCCAUGGAGGAGGAGGAGCCCGAGGCCAUAGAGGAGGAGGAGCCUGAGGCUGUGGAGGAGGAGCCCGAGGUCGUGGAGGAGGAGCCCGAGGUCGUGGAGGAGGACGAGGAGGAGCCCGAGGCAGAGGAGGAGGAGGAGCCCGAGGCAGUGGAGGAGGAAGUAAAAAUGAUGGAAGAACAAGAAGAGGCUCCUGAAGAAGAGCCUGAAGUGGUGGAGGAGGAGCCAGAAAUAGCAGAGGAAGUGUCAGUGGAAGAGGAGGCAAUAGAAGAAGCUAUGCUUGUUAAAGAGGCCAUCAGAGAGGCAGUUGAGGAACACACCCCUGCUGAGGAAGUUGUUGAAGAACCACUUGAGGAACCUGCCCCUGUUAAGGACAUUGUUGAAGAGGCAGUUGAGGAACCCACCUCUGCUGAGGAAGCUGUUGAAGAGCCAGUUGAGGAACCUGACCCAAAUGAGGAAGCUCCUGAAAAGCCAGUUGAGGAACUUGCCCCUGCUGAGAAAGCUGUUGCUAUAGAGGAAGCAGCUUUUGAUGAAACUGUGGAAGAAGUAGCACCAGUUGAGGAGGUAGUUGAAGAAGCUGCCCCUGUUGGAGAGGCUGUAGAAGAGUCACUUUCUGUUAUAGAGACAGAAGAGGCAGCACCAGUUGAAGAAGUAGCUGAGGAAACCGUUCCUGUUGAAGAAGUAGCUGCUGUAGAAGAGGCCGUUAAGGAAGCUGCAGCUGCAGUUGAGAAAGUAGUGGAAGAAGCAGCAGCAGUUAAAGAAACAGUUGAAGAAUCUGCCCAUUUUGGAGAGGCUACAGAAGAGACGGCUCCUGCAGAGGAAGUGAUGGAGGAGGUCUUAACAGAAGAGCUUGAGGUUGCAGAAGAUUAUCAGGAAGACGACACACAAGAAACAGAAGAAACAGAGGAGGUAACGGAAGAUGAACAGCCAGAAGAAUUUACAGAGGAUGUAGAAGAACAGAAUGAGGACGAGGCGACGGAAACGUAAGGUUUGGCACCCUGUAUGGCGGCGGUGUGAGGAUCCUCCCACUACGACUGAGCAGCUGCAGUGGAUUAAUAGAACACCAGCAUCCUGAUCAAAUCCUUUAGGCUUUUUAUUUCAUUUUAUUAGAUGUUCAGAUGUUUGGAUGUUAACACACCUGGUUUUCUUGUGUACAUGUUUGAGUUGAAUUGAUUUUUUGAUUUUUUCCCGUUAUUCCUCUUCCUGUUCCUUUUCCCUCAUGAACAUUCAGCUCUGUCAUUCCCCUUCUGAGCUUCUCCUUCCAUUUCUGUUAGACGAUAAAGUGACAUUGUUGAGUUUGUUGAGAAUCAAAUGACUUCCUGUGUAUUGAAGCUGCUUUGUGAGUGUGAGAUCUUCACAUUGUGUGUUAAUGUGAAGUAUGACACAAAGUUGCACUGAUGUUUAUAAUGGCUUUCACUCUUCACUUCACGAAGCUGUGCGUGUGUAGCCUUUGAGCCACGAAUCUCUUUGUGACAUUUCAUUUUAAUUGUCAGCUCAUUUUUCACUCAUCACUUUAAUUGUACACAGAGAGGCUUCUUAGGUUUCCAGGAGGAUUCAGUAAUUCAUCAGCUUUGUGUGACAGUUACAGGUGACGCCUCACAUCGUAUCGAGUAUCUCUUUAUCUCUUGUUCAUGAUUAUUAUUAUUUUAUUUCACCUCAGUUCCAUUUCAGCGACACUGAUAACCUGAAAGUGUGUUAGCAGUGCCAAUACUUAUGACAUCACCAUAAGCACAUAGGUUCUUACUAAUCAUGGUUUAUAAUAAUUAUAGAAAAACAGUUGUGUUCCACUUUCACCAGCAUCUUUAACGUUUUUAAUUUCAGUGAAGUUCGUUCAGGAUUCUGUUUCAUCAGACAUCAGAAACGACUUUUCUUUCUUUUUCUUUUUUUUAAGCUCAGAUACACGGGUGUGAUGGUGAUUAGUUAAAGUGUUCACACUAAUUGUUCAGCACAUGUUCGCUUUAAGUGCACUAGCGGAACAGAGAGACAACUCCUCGUUAAUCUCAUUACCGUCUCUCACCACGGCGUUUUAUUCCUGAAGUGUUUCAUCCUGAUGAGUGUUUCACUCGUUACACUUCUGUUGCUGCAACACUGAUUUCACAAACACUAAAAAUUUGCAAUUUAGAUUUUAAACAUUUAAUUUUUCCGAGAACACUUGAGGGCCCCUCCCCACCCACACACACACACACACACACAACCCAUAUGGAGUAAAUGUGAAUUUGUAAAGUGGUAUUAACUCUAGGUAAUUAACAAUAGUGUUGUGGGCUUCUUUUUUUUUUUUUUUAAAGAUUUUAAAGUAUUUCUGUGGAGAUGUAUUUUAGUGGGAGACGUUUCUAAGCCAUAAGUGGGACAUGAGAUUUGGAGGAGAAAGAACCACAAACCAGCAAUAAAUCCAUCUGCAGGUGAUUUAAUGCAGUUCUCAUUGAAACAGGAUUUUAUUUUUGAUUUGGUUUACAUGAUAUCCUGCUGUAGGGGUCUAACACACUUUAACUUAUUGCAGUUUUAGAGACUUUCGGGUCACAAUUCUGUAUUAAAGUGUCAGUUUUCUGUUUGAGAGCUGCAAUAAAGUUUUGGGACAAAAACGUUUAA